AUGCAAUUGACCAAUCUUUGGCAGCUGGCCCUCCUCAGCACUGCUAUUUCCUUAGCCAUUGCCCAUCCUGGUGAACAUCACCAGCAUAACUCUGCCGCCGAAAUCCAAAAGCGAGCUUUCCAAGACAACGCUCGUCGCGGUCUAGAUAAAUGCGCCAAAAGACUCGAGACCAGCGGUCUAAACGCCCGCGCAGAGGCCCGCCGUCGGAGAACCUUCAAUCUACACCGUCGCAGCGUCUCCGCUCGUGAUACCGACACGGUCCUCAACAAGUCCCAUUUAUCCAAUGAUUCCAGCAUUACAACGGAUACUUCCUUCUCCACCAUCUUCGAGACGACAUCCACCUGCGUCCUGAACCCAGAAGGCGAAACAGGACCCUACUACAUUAAGGGCGAAUACAUCCGCUCUGACAUUCGCGAGAACGAACCCGGUGUCCCAAUCAUUCUGGAUGGCCAAUUCAUCGACGUCGAGACCUGCGAGCCAAUCACCAAUCUCUACUGGGAUGUUUGGAACUGCAAUGCCACGGGCGUCUACUCGGGGCUCGUGGCUACGGGCAAUGGUAACACAGCCGAUGCUGCCAAUCUGAAUGCCACCUUCCUACGCGGAGUGCAGAAGACGGACGACGAAGGAGUCGUGCAGUUCUCUACUCUUUUCCCGGGUCAUUAUUCUGGCCGCACGACCCAUCACCACAUCGUCGCCCAUCUAAAUGUGACCGUCCUGCCUAACAACACCAUUGUUGGCGGAACAGUCGCGCAUAUCGGACAACUUUUCUGGGAUCAGGAUCUUAUCAACGAGGUCGAAGCAACAUCUCCCUACAGUACCAACACCGUCACUCUCACUACCAAUGAGGAAGACCGAGUCUUCUCUACUGAGACUACCGGAACGACUUCUGAUCCUGUUAUCAAUUAUGUGAAGCUGGGUGAUUCCCUCAGUGACGGGCUUCUGGGGUGGAUUACUAUUGCUGUAAAUACUUCUGCUACUUAUGACCCCAACUACAGCUAUGUAUACACAGCCAGUGGAGGUGUUGCUGAGUCUGGUGGUGGUACUGAUACUCCCAAUGGUGGCUCUCCUUCCGGUGGCUCGGGUGCCCCGAGUGGCCCCAAUGGCACCGGUGCGCCAGGUGGUGGAUUCCGCGUAUAG